CUCAGUUCUUACAAUACCGUUGUAGAGUUAGUGUCGUGUCUUACUUCAUUCGAACACUGAGUGUAAUAGAAAAUUAAAUUCAAGUAAACAUAUUCACUUGACUUAUAAUAGUAAAAGCUCGAACAAGUUCACUUCAUCAAACUAUAAUAUUUAUUAUUUUCACUAUUUAAGUAAACUAAUAGUUCAAUUAAGAAAUUUUACUUGAAAAUAUCCACGUUUUUCUCUCAGUGAACGAAUUUGAAAAUAAUUUUUCGGUUUUUGUUAAAUCAAAAUAAUUAUAUUAACGAAAUAAAUUCAAAAUGUCUUACACUGAUUCAACCGAAAAGUGCAUCGAGUUUCUCGCAUCUUUAGAGUUGCCACCGUAUCCGUCUUCACCUGAAAGCAUGAGAACGAGCCUGUCAGAGGAGUGGAAUUACAACCACCAAUCAAGUCGUAAUCAUUCACCUCUUUCCGAUGCUGUUAAUUCACCUCUUACUGAUGCUGUUAAUACGAACAAUACUUCGGAAGCAGCCAAUUCAAAUUCCGAGUUUUUGAAUCAACAAUCAUUUCAGCAUCAACAAUUAACAGAGCCAUUCAUCAACGGAGACAUUAACAAAAUACCAAAUGAAGAACUUCAGCAACAACAAGAUCGGUGUCUUGAAAAUGAAUCACCUUUACAAAAAGCAGAGCGAACUAGUACAAAAAACAAGAACCAACAAAGACAAGCACGAACUGCAUUUACUACGGAGCAGCUCAAUGAGCUUGAAAAAAUUUUCUGUACAAACAAUUACUUAUGCCGUACAACUAGAAUUCAGACUGCGUCUAAAUUGAAACUCACCGAAAGACAAGUCAAGGUAUGGUUUCAGAAUCGUAGAAUGAAGGAGAAAAAAACUACCUCAAGUAAAGUCGAUACAAACGACAAGAACAAUUUAAAUCCUCCGAAGAAUGGAAGAAAUCAGUUACUUGCCGCUGAAUACGUUCAGCGUAGACAAAUGAACCCACCUGGAUUAGGUUCAACUAUACAUUACCAUCAUUCGCCACCAAACCAAGAUAUGGGUUUUAAAAACGACGGUAACUACUGGACGAAUGGUACCAACUACCAACCGGCAUACAGCGGAAGUAUGCAAAAUGCUACCACUUAUACUGAAUCUUCUGAGGCCCAAAUGUAUAAUAACAACAUUAAUAAUUAUUAUUCACCCGUCAAUGGGUUCUAUAAUAAUAAUAAUAAUCACUAUACCGGUUAUUAUGUAAACCCUGUUGACUACAUAGAUUAUAACUAUAAAGAACACACUACUGUCACUGGCUAUCCGGCUAAUAACAGUAACUGUUAUACAUACCGAGUAAUUCCUAAAUCAGAGCAAACCUUUAGCUCUGUCCCAGGAAUUACACCAUCGAAUGAGUUAAACAACAAUAUCAAUAGUUUCAAUUAUUCAAGCACUACCCAUAAUCACUAUCAACUUCAGUAAACAAUGGGAUUUAAUAGAUGUCAUUAUUAAGUAAGGCCGAUAUUUUUGUGUAAUGUUAAGUCAUUAAGAAGGGAGUGUGUAAAUAAUGAUCAAGUAUUUAAUUCAUGGGUAAUUAGAAUAAAAGUCAGUAGAUAAAAUUAUGAUUAAAUAAAUAGUGAAGAUGUAAAAUAUGGAAUUCAAUUGAAUUGCUAAUAAUAUUAUAUGAAUACUAUUGAUAAUUUAGUAUAUACACUGUAAAAAGAGCGGUGUUAAAAAUGGACUCAUUUUAACUCCGCCCGGUGUUCAAAAAAAUUACACCGGUGUAGAAGGAGUAAUUCACCGGUGUUAAAAAUACCGGUGUUAAAUCGGGGUAACCGGUGUAAAAGCGGAGUAAAAUUGGUGUAAAAGCGGGGUAACCGGCGUAAAAACAGGGUAAACUGCGCCCGCUUUGAGUAUUAACUUUAAAGAUUAUAAAACACGAACAAAUGUCAGUUCUUUAUCAAAAUUAAUAAAAAAUAUCAUUUACUUACCAGUAUAGUGAUCGAGUAAGUAAAAAUAUUUACACAGUAAAAUAUUUUAACACUGGCCUAGAACAUUCACACCGGCUGCGGUGUUUUUUAACACCGGAGAAUUUUUUUUAACACCGGUACAGAAUAUUUACAUCGGUGGUGGCGUUAUUUUCACUCCGCUUUCGGUGUUGAAAUUUAACACCGCCAAUUUUAACACCUACACCGCUUGGACUUACCCCGGUGAUUUUUUACAGUGUAGAAUUUUAUACUCUUUUAAAUUACUUAUUUUACUAUUUAUAUUUAUUAAUUCUUAUUUGUGGAAACUCAUAGUGUUAGUUAAGAAGACAACAAAUACUGUUAUUACUGAGAUUGUAAGAACUUCGAUUAAUUAAGAUAUUUUUAAUGCUAUUACUUUUUUUUUUAAAUUACUUUGUGCAAAUAAGUUAAGCUUUUAUACUGAAAAUUAAGUAUUUUAU